GCCCGCACGUCGCCCCUCGCGGGCCGCGCCGCACCAUGCUCCGUGGCCCCCCGCGCCUCCUCAAGGUCUCCGUGGCACCGGUCGCGGCCCUGGCUGUGGCGCUGCUCUCGUCGCUCUCGCGCUGCUCCCUCCUGGAGCCGGACGACCCCGCGGCCUCCGCGCUCAGCCCCUACUUCGGCACCAAGACCCGCUACGAGGAUGCCAACCCCGGGCUGCUGCCGGACCCCGAGGCGCCGCGGAGGGACCCCGAGCUGCUGGAGGACGCCUGCACGCCGGUGCAGCUGGUCGCCCUCAUCCGCCACGGCACCCGCUACCCCACGGCCAAGCAGAUCCGCAAACUGCGGCAGCUGCACGGCCUGCUGCAGGCCCGCCCGUCCGGCGACGGCCGCGCUGGCCCCGCCGGCGGCCGCGACCUGGGCGCCGCGCUGGCCGACUGGCCGCUGUGGUACGCGGACUGGAUGGACGGGCAGCUGGUGGAGAAGGGGCGGCAGGACAUGCGACAGCUGGCGCUGCGCCUGGCCUCCCUCUUCCCGGCCCUGUUCAGCCUCGAGAACUACGGCCGCCUGCAUCUGGUCACCAGCUCCAAACACCGCUGCGUGGACAGCGGCGCCGCCUUCCUGCAGGGGCUGUGGGAGCACUACCACCCCGGCUUGCCGCCGCCCGACGUCGCAGAUAUGGAGUGUGGACCUCCAAGAAUUAAUGAUAAACUAAUGAGGUUCUUCGAUCACUGUGAGAAGUUUUUAACUGAAGUGGAAAAGAAUGCCACGGCACUUUAUCAUGUAGAAGCCUUCAAAACGGGACCAGAAAUGCAGAACAUUUUAAAAAAGGUCGCAGCUACUUUGCAAGUGCCAGUCAACAAUUUAAAUGCAGAUUUAAUUCAGGUAGCUUUUUUUACCUGUUCAUUUGACCUGGCAAUUAAAGGUGUUAAAUCUCCUUGGUGUGAUGUUUUUGACAUAGAUGAUGCAAAGGUAUUAGAAUAUUUAAAUGAUCUGAAGCAAUAUUGGAAAAGAGGAUACGGGUACACUAUUAAUAGUCGGUCCAGCUGCACCCUGUUUCAGGAUAUCUUCCAACACUUGGACAAAGCAAUUGAACAGAAACAAAGGUCUCAGCCAGUUUCCUCUCCAGUCGUCCUGCAGUUUGGUCACGCGGAGACCCUUCUUCCACUGCUCUCCCUCAUGGGCUACUUCAAAGACAAGGAGCCCCUGACAGCUUACAAUUACAAGGAACAGAUGCAUCGGAAGUUCCGAAGUGGCCACAUUGUGCCCUAUGCCUCGAACCUCAUGUUUGUGCUUUACCAUUGUAAGAAUGCGAAGACUCCCAAAGAAGAGUUCCGGGUGCAGAUGCUAUUGAAUGAAAAGGUGUUGCCAUUGGCUCACUCCCAGGAAACUGCUUCCCUGUAUGAGGAUCUCAAGGAGCACUACAGGGACCUCCUCCAGAGCUGUCGUGCCAGUGACGAGUGUGAAUUACCAAAGGUGAACAACACGUCUGAUGAGCUAUGAGUCACCGGACAGGAUCUUCCGUCCGUCAGGGAGCGACCCCACGCUUGGGGUGGCUGGGCAAGCCGCGGUUGCAGGAAGCUUUCCCAGUACUUGUGUAUUGCUGUCUUUUCACAGAAAGACGUCGAGUUUCUUUUUGAAUCUGGACAGGGAUGUGUAAGCAGCGGUUCUCCUGGGGCAGCUGUCUUACGGGGGAAAAGUCUGUUGGGAAAAAUAGCCGGCACUGCACGUGUUGACAGAAAUUAGAUUCUUCCUGUUUGUAGAAGAACUCCCACACUGACACAGAAUAUGAUUUCACAGUGAUCCUUGAGGGUGCUGGAGUCACAGCGUCUGCCCCAGGGAUGAUCGUAACUUCACGGUUGUGCUGCCCUUCGCUUUCCCGCAGGUGGCACGGCUCUGCUGUCAUCCGUGUGCCGCGGAAAACAGGCGGAGCCCCGGGAGCGUCACUCUGAAAGAAGCUAGCCUCUCUAGUUAAGGAUUUGAAAUGAUAUUAAGAAAUAGAGUGUGAUUUUCAAAGGACACCUUCACCGAAGGAAGACAGAGUAUAAUAAAAUAGAUAUUUUAUAAAGUAUCUGAACACUUUUUCAGUAAUUCCUUUUGACCUCCUGGUGAGUCUUGCGAGGUCAUUCUUUCAUUACUACCUUAGCUGCUCUGCAUUUGUAACGGUGGAGGGACAAAGGGGACCAUUAGCAGCGAGUAAGACGAAAGAAUCAAAGUUUCUUAGUCGGUUGCUUAGCAGUUUGGUUUGUUUGUUUUUUCAUUCUAUCACUUUGCCUCUUUUUAUAUUUUGCCUCUAUGUGAAAUGUAUCUUUUGGUUAUUUAUUGCUUUUCCAUUCUCCCCCUUCCCCUCCCCACCCCCCAUAAAGAUUUCAUCCUGGCUGGCUUAGUUUCAUAGAUCUGAACCCAUUUCUCAGAUACUUCUGAGUUUUGUCAGAUGCUGUGAAAGUGUUUGCUAUAAUAAUAAACAGAAUUCUUGUGACUUUAUUAUCAGGUCUUUUCUGCUGUGUUGAUACAGGCAGUAAAUGAUGGUAAAAAGUUGGAGUUUCAAGCAGCUUUGACUAAAUCAGGCAAUAUAAGGCAGUUUUAUUCUGAUAGAAAUUUCCUCAAGUAAAUUUCCACUUCUUUAAGAGAAAUGGAAAUGCAUUUUCUUAAAAAUCUAGAUAAGAAGCAUCACAACUAUAUACUGAAAUUAUAAAAGAAGUUGCAUAGACCAUCUGUUGAUGAUUGAUCCUCAAAUGAAUUACGUUCAUGAAAUAGGUGAUUAGCUGGUAAAUACUGCUGGUGCACCAAUAUGCCUCUGAUUGUCCCUGCAAAGGUCUGGUGUUCUCUCUCUCUCUCUUUUUUUUUUUUUUUUUUUUUUUGGUAAAUGGGCAAAGAAGAGAAUACUAUAACCAGCGUUCAUGUCCAUCAUCCUGUUUGUAGAUCCAAAUAAGGACAGUUAAGGUCUUUUUUGUGUUCUGUGCCUCGGGGUAACCAGCAUAAAAUUUAGUAUUCUCACCAUUCCCUUGCCGCAUGACUCUUGGAAACUUGCAGUAUUGUUGCGGGGACUCAAUUUUCUGUGAAAGGACAUGUGGUACAUCUCAUUCUUGAAUGAGGGAUUUACUUUAACUGCCGUGUCUUCUCUUGAAGAUUUUCCUCGAUCCUGAUUAUUUGUCACAAAUUAAUAUUGUCAAUACAUCACUACUUGAGUACGCAUUAUAUGUAUGUACACUAGACUCAGAAUAUAAGUAUAUAAAAUAGAAUGGACGUAGUUCUUCCAAGGGGCUUAUCCUACAAGCCCUUAACAUUUACUUGGUGUCUGACACAUCGACUAAAGAAUUUUUGAUUUACAGACUUUCUCCUGAAAGUUUAAAGGUCUCAUGUGUUAAGAGUCGUUUAAUUUUAUUGCUAAAAGGACCAUAUAGUCAUCUUAACAGUGAAUUCUUCAGGCUGGAAGGUAAGUGUGGUCCAGUUUAGCUAAUGCUACAGAGAUCGUGUUUAUUCUGGUGCUAUCAUUCCCAUUUAGGAUAUGCCUGAAACUGAAGAUUUUAUGGUAAAAUCCAGCGGUCUUCUCCAGGAUGGGAUAUGUAAAAAAGUUGAACAUCGAAAAAUGAUCUUUGGCUAACAAGUUCAUUCAUAAUAGGUGACCAAAUCACUGAGUUAAGCCAAAAUUUACUGACUGCUGGUUCUGACAUUUUGGUCGAUUCAUAACAGGCUGUGGCCAUGAGCCAUUUUUCUGUCUAAUCUACAACUUGAUGUAUGUGUGCGUUGUACUUACUGUUUUUUAUAGUCAUGUUAUCAUUUUGAGGUUUCUGCUCUCCAACCCGUCAUCAUUCACUUGAUACUAUUUUUGCAUAUAAUCCUGAUCGUCAUCUUAACACUGAAGGCAGCACUGAACUUGUAAAGAAAUAAGAGCUGUUUUUUUCCAGGCACAACCAACUUUUGUAUCUUCCCUUGGUUGCUUUCCUCUUAUCACCUGCAGAACUGAUGCAUGCAUGCCCUUAAAUAUCUGGGAGCCACACAUACGACCAAACCAGAAGAUGUAAGUGUAAGUUUUCAGAAUAUAUUUCUCUAAGAUGGGUAUUUCAUGUGGUUCAUUAAUGAUCCUUGGAAUUCGGACUGUCUUCUGCCAAAUGGAAGCUGAAAAUAAAUAUUUGCAUUACCAUA